AUGGAAUAUGAGCUUGGACUUGCUGCUCUCACCUUCUUUUUUCUUCUAGCGUCCCUAUUUUGUUACUCAUGGAUAGUAGUACUCGGCAACUCAAAAACACGAACACAGCCACCACUUCCGCCCGGACCAUACGGCCUUCCGAUUCUCGGAUACCUCCCGUUUCUCAAACACAACUUGCACCACCAGUUCACACUACUGUCUCACAAGUACGGCCCCAUUUACCGCCUCUGGCUCGGCAGCAAACUCUGUGUCGUUGUAAGUUCGCCUUCCUUGAUAAAGCAGAUAGUUCGCGAUAAAGACUCCAUUUUCGCGAACCGGGACCCGCCGGUUGCAGCACUAGUCGCCACGGGCGGGUACGACAUCGUCUGGACGGCAAACGGUCCCUACUGGCGCGACAUACGGAAGCUAGCUCCAUGUGCUGAUGAGCUUGCUCUGGGGAGGUGA